GGUUCAAAUAAUAAGAGCAAAACAGAUUAUACCAUGACGCCACCUAAAUAGGAGCAGCAUAAGCAGUUGCCUAGCUUAAAUAACUUCUCCCUAUUUUUAAUGGAAUUUAUAUAAAACUCAUUAAAUUUUUUCUGAGGUGAUAUAUUUUAUAAAUCGGUGAAUUAAACCAUUUCCUUUUUCCUAUUUUACUAUUACACAACCAAAAAAACAUUAGUAGCAGUAGUAAAGAACUGUGUCUUGUGGCACUCGGUACUCUUCAUCUGCCGAGAUCUUCAAAUCUUAUUUGUCUAUAAAAUGUUUGAAGACUUAUUACGUAAUACAUCCACCAGCAACUUCGCAUGGCCAUGAACGCGUAGCAUGACAAACUCGAGAAACGCUUUCUGUACCCCAAACGUGACUUUUCUCGGGUCGAGAGUGAGAUGUAUGGACGCACCCGACACUUAUCACUAUUUUUUACAGCUUUGUAUGCAGGCGGUAUUGAAGAUUGGGUGGAUGGUCAUUUAGGGAUAGACCACACCUACACAAUAAUGAUGUUCCGGACUACCGACUCUUACAACACGAAACUCAUCACUGAGCGUGUUGUCCACGAGGGAUUCGCAGCCAUGGACACUUUACUCCUGCAAAGUGUGACAACGCCGCUCUCUCCGCCGAAUACAUUAAAAAGAGCUAAUAGUUCGCCCAAACAACUUAUAAUGCAACGUUAUAUUAUAAUAUUUUUCAUAGCACUACACUACAAGUAUUACUGAAUAAGAUUAUUACAAGGUGUUUGUUUAUAAGCAUCACGGCAUUGGAAAUUGCAUGAAGAUUUUAACAUGCAAGUAGUGUUGCUGCGAAUUAUCAUUGUCUCCAUAAUACUGUUAUGUAAAAACAAAUAUACGGUCGUUGUGAAUUAACUUAUGAUCUCUGACAAGUUACUGUGUUUGUUUUGUAGAGGUAUAUUGAAAUAAUAUUAUAUUACUUUAGCCAUGUACACAUAAUAUUUGUACAAAGUAGAGAUGAUCUAAUGCGAUUAGAAUCGUUUUCUUAAAACUCUAAGAUAUAGGGGUUUCUUAUUUCAGAUAAAACGUUAUUUAUUUAAUAUAAUAUUUCAAACCAUUGUGACAUAAAAUAAAAUUUUGAUUUAUAAAAAUCCCAGUGGUUUCUUUUCGGUAUAUACAUAAAUAUUCAAACAUGUUUAAAUGUAGGUCUAUUAAUUAUUGCAUUAAUGGAAUUUUGUUUAUCUAUUCAACUACUUCAGGUGGAAUGAUUUAUCA